AUGGAGUUGAAUCACUGGUGUCCUCAUGGCAUCCGGGUUUGUAUAGGCUGGUUUGGUGUCCUUGGUAUCACAUCCUCGACAUUUAUUGCAAUAGUGCAUUUUGGUGUUGAUCAAGUCUCUCUCUCUCUCUCUCAAGAAAUGGAGGAAGGGAACCACUUUAAGAAGGGUCUGUGGACGAUGGAGGAAGACAAGAUUCUGAUGGAUUACAUAAGGGUAAAUGGCAAAGGGCGUUGGAAUCGAAUAGCCAAGGUCACAGGUUUGAAGAGGUGUGGGAAGAGUUGCAGGCUAAGAUGGAUGAAUUACCUUAGCCCUAAUGUGAAAAAAGGUGAUUUUUCAGAGGAAGAAGAUGACCUCAUCAUUAGACUCCAUAAUUUACUGGGGAACAGAUGGUCACUCAUUGCGGGUCGGGUGCCGGGUCGAACAGACAACCAAGUGAAGAACCAUUGGAACACAUACUUGAGCAAGAAGCUUGGGAUCAAGAAGAAAAAGAACAAGGUUGGAGGCCACUCAUCACAAAAACCCACUAGAGAAUGUAGAGAAGAAGUGGAAAUUCUGAGCAGGCCCCAUUCGGACCCGAAUCCAAAAGACCCGGGUUUUGGCAACAGUAGCAGCGGAGACAUCAUACACCAAACCAAUGAAGGUUCUCAGCUGGAGGGCGUCGACGGAGGUCCAAAUGCACUGGUACCGGAGAUAAGUGAGUGUUUUGUGAGUUCCUUCUGGUUUUUCCAUGAUAAUUUAAACCAAGAAACACCUAACUUGGUUGAACUUUUAGCUGGGUAUCCGAUGGAUAUGGGUUGGCCCGAGUUGUAGCUUUCUAAUAAUUUCUCUCAAUCACAAUUUCA